UGGAAGGAGAGGAGGGUGGAAACUAGUUUAGACACUCAUAUCCCAAAAUUAGAGCUGUGUAUUCAAAAACAGCUCCUCGUGGUCUCCCAGGUGGGAAGAAUGUUGAGAAGAGUUCAAAUUAAACAAGUGUGAGAAGUGAAGGGCGCCCAAAUGAAGUUCAAAUGGGCCUCAGCUGAGUGACAUGAAAGUUAUGUUUUUUCCUACACUGCAGUGAGUAAUGUAUCGGAUAGCCAACUGGAACGGUGCUGUGUCGGAGCUUCAAGAUACUCUGAUUUGAAAAAAAAUGGAUAAUGGGUGCUGUCACACAAAAAUCAGCUGCUCCCCAGCCUAGGUGUGAAAACACAGCAACAAGUCUCAAGUUCUGUUGCUCGCUAUCCUCGAAAUGACUUCGGCUCCGAACGGAUUCUGACUGUUGGAUUCUGUUCAGGUUAUCGCUUGCUACAAACAAACUAUCCCGAGGCUGACAACAGAUCACAAUACGCGUUUUUAAGAGAUUUACUCAUGGUUGCAAGCACUUUGUAUUAUUAAAAGCAACAGGAGCUCUGUAUCGGCAUGGUAUAUGUAAAAAUGAGAUAAAGCCUUUAAUUCAAGUUUUGAUCAUCUUCUGUUGGUGGAUGUGGUGAUUUUAUUAUAGAAGGAGAAGGUUAAAAACGAAUCAUAAUGAAGGAAAAAUCCAAAAAUGCUGCUCGAACAAGACGCGAGAAAGAAAAUAGCGAGUUCUAUGAACUGGCUAAACUACUGCCUUUGCCCUCUGCCAUCACCUCACAACUGGACAAAGCGUCUAUCAUAAGGCUAACAACCAGCUACUUGAAAAUGAGAAUUGUAUUUCCAGAAGGACUCGGGGAAGCUUGGGGUCAUCCUAGUCGAACCAGCUCUCUGGAUAAUGUAGGGCGAGAACUGGGAUCUCAUCUUCUGCAGACAUUAGAUGGAUUCAUUUUUGUUGUUGCUCCAGAUGGGAAAAUAAUGUACAUUUCUGAAACAGCAUCGGUACAUUUGGGUUUGUCACAGGUAGAACUGACCGGAAAUAGCAUUUACGAGUACAUCCACCCAGCCGAUCAUGACGAAAUGACUGCAGUGCUCACCGCCCAUCAACCUUACCAUUCACACUUUGUCCAAGAAUAUGAAAUAGAACGUUCUUUUUUCUUGAGAAUGAAAUGCGUGCUAGCAAAAAGAAACGCAGGCUUGACGUGUGGUGGAUACAAGGUGAUUCACUGCAGUGGAUAUCUGAAAAUCCGCCAGUAUAGUCUAGAUAUGUCCCCGUUCGAUGGGUGUUACCAAAACGUGGGUUUGGUGGCAGUUGGGCAUUCCCUGCCACCAAGUGCUGUGACAGAAAUCAAACUGCACAGCAAUAUGUUUAUGUUUCGAGCAAGUCUGGAUAUGAAACUGAUAUUUUUAGAUUCUAGAGUUGCUGAACUUACUGGUUAUGAACCUCAGGAUCUGAUAGAGAAAACCUUGUACCACCAUGUACAUGGCUGUGAUACUUUUCACUUACGAUGUGCCCAUCAUUUGUUACUGGUAAAAGGACAGGUCACAACCAAGUACUACCGAUUCCUAGCCAAACAAGGAGGUUGGGUUUGGGUUCAGAGCUACGCUACAAUAGUCCACAACAGCAGAUCUUCCAGACCACACUGCAUAGUCAGUGUCAACUACGUUCUUACGGAUACAGAAUAUAAAGGACUACAGCUGUCAUUAGACCAAGUGCCAUCAAACAAGCCAUCAUUUCCUUACGGCAACACGACACCAGCAAUUGCUGAGAGCAGAAAAGGAAACGGGGGGCGCAUCGCCCGCACCAAAACAAGAGCUCGAGUUUCUCCGUACGCACAGUAUUCUGGAUUUCACACGGAACGCUCAGAAUCUGACCAUGACAGCCAAUGGGGUGGGAGUCCACUGACAGACUCUGCCUCCCCACAACUGCUGGAUCAUGGAGAAGGGCCACACUCCCAGCACCCUGACGUCUCCUGUGCCUACAGGCAGUACUCGGACCGCAGCUCUUUUUGCUACGGGUUUGCUUUGGACAAGGCUGCCAGGCUGACUGAAGAAAGAAACUCCCACUACCACACACAGGCCUGUGAAGGGGGAAGGUGUGAAGCUGGUAGAUACUUUCUAGGCACCCCACAGCCCGGAAGAGAUAGUUGGUGGAGUUCCCCCCGGACUGCAUUGCCUGUGCCUAAAUUGUCACCAGAAAACAGAGAAGGAUAUGAGAACAAUAUGCCACACAUUGCUUCAAUUCACAGCAUUCCUGGGAGAGGCCACUGGGAUGAAGACAGUGCUGUCAGCUCUCCGGAUCCUGGUUCUGCCAGCGACUCUGGAGACAGAUACCGCAGUGACCAGUACCAGAGCAGCCCUCAUGAGCCCAGCAAGAUUGAAACGUUGAUAAGAGCCACACAGCAAAUGAUUAAAGAGGAAGAAAACAGGUUGCAGCUUCAGAAGGUCACUCAGGAUCACUUGGCAUCAGUCAAUGGGGUGGCAAAGAGCCACUCCUCUUGUUAUGCCAUUAACUACCCACAGACUCAGCUACAAGGGGUUGUGUGCCGUGGGCCAGGGGUCACCAGCUCUGUCUUGUGUGACCACCUCCAACACAGGGACGGGCCCCAGGAAAACAAGCAUGACAACAGCCCAACGUCACUGUCACGAAUAAGUAGCCCGAUUUCAGACAGAAUUUCCAAAUCUGGCUUAUCAUUAGCCAAAGACUACUUGCAGACAGACCUGUCUCCUCAUCAAACACCUGGAAACCACUGUGCAUCCUCCCCCACUAACUACGCCUCUCACCAUCGUCAGUACAUAGACAAACAUACUUACUCCCUGACUGGUUAUGCAUUUGAGCACCUGUACGACAGCGAGACCCUCAGAAACUAUUCUCUAGGCUGCAGCGGCUCCCACUACGACAUGACUUCACAUUUACGAGUGCAGCAGGAUCAGGCACAAGGACACAAAGGGACCUCUGUCAUAAUCACAAAUGGAAGCUAACAUUUGUAAAGAGCAUGGUGCAAAAAGCUGUUUUUUUUUAAAGCACUCCUUUCCUUGGUUCCAGGAUUUUAUAAGUGCAAUGCAAAAGAAGUAACAGGCUAACAGUAUUGCAAAGUGUACAGCAGGAAAGCAGACAGAUUUAAAUGCACUAUAAAGUAUUAUGGGUUUCUUUAAGGUCUUGUUAACCUUCAGUAAAUAUUAAGGUGCAGCCACGUUAAACAUAAACCAGGGUAUGUGCCCUUUUAUUCUUCUCUGCAUUUGUGCACAUUACGUGAAUCAUUUGCAUAAAUUGUGAAAAUGUGAAGAAUUUAUGGGAACAAAGAUUAG